GUGCGGUGUGGCGGGCCCACCACAGCUGAAGGAUCGGCAACUCGGCAAUCGACGGAGCUGACCGGCAAAACACCUUUCCAAUUGCCAGCUCCCAGAAAUCGUCCUUUUACGUUAUCAUUGGCGGCCCUCCUCUCAGCUGCGCGGGUCGACGGCCGGAUUUUUCCUAGACCCGUCAUUGGGCUUGCGAGAUCAGCCAUAUUUGCCCAGCGAAGGCUGACGCUGAGAAGAUCGUCGCGCACGCCACACCGCGUACAUGAUUUGCGGUGGGAGUUGAGAGUUUCCGAUAUUCGUGGAUCGUGUCUGGCUUGAUAGCGGGGUUGCAGUUCGUUCUAGCAAGAUGGUUUAUCUUUAAAAAGGUCUUGUACUUGCCCCUUCUCUAGCUGGGAACAUUAACAUUCAUCACCUCUUCCUGGCUGUCUCGUUCCCUUUCGCCUAAUCCUUCUUCUCUACUCUCCCAGACCACCUCGUCUGCUCCUCUUUGCUUUUGUCAUCAUGUCGUACGACGAACCUUGGUGGCAGUAUGCAGAUAAUAUCACCGUGCGGAAUGGCGCGACUUUGUGUGCGGAUCUCCAGGACGAUGACGGCAAUUAUCAGCAGGCAGAGGUCAACCUCGAUAACUACCUUGGCGUGUACUACGGCCACAUCCAAUGGGGCGCUACACGUUUCACGAACUACGUGAAAGGUUUGGAGUUCCAUGAUGGCAAUGGUGGAGAGCCAUAUUUCACCGUGACGGUCCCCAGGGAAUUUUGGCCGGAUGGCAAGCCGGAUCAUGUGCCCGGCCGCUGGGAUGAAACGAAAUUCUCGCUAGAUGCGGUACACAUUAAGAACGACAAUGGCAGCUUCCGCAUCGACGUUGGGGAUGGCCCCCACGACGCCCGUGACCUCCGCUCCGUGACCUUUAGCUUCGAAGUCAAUGCGAACAAGUUGAGCACCUUCCAGAUCACCGACUCGGAUGGCGAUAUGCUUGAAUGCCGCGGAACGAUCUACCGUGGCACUCCCGGCCACUUGGAGCAAGGGUUCUGGCACACGUUCAGCUCCAGCAAUGCCACGAUCAACUGGAACGGCGAGAAUGCGAUGAACACCUCCCUGGAGUCGGGCUUCGGCACGGUGAACACGACCGAGGGCUCCUUCGACCUGAAGUUCCGGAGCGGCAACGCCGAAGACAUCGUCAUCCGGGGCACCUUGGAUAGCACCGUUGAGAAGUGGGGCUUCGCCCGUGGGUUCGACGAUAGCGUGUACAACAUUGUCGCCGAGGUGAACUGGGAAGAUUUACCCGGGGAACGAAGCCGCGAGCGCGCGAUGCAGAGAGGACGCUGGACGGUCUAUCAGGAGGCAGAGUAUCGGGAGCGUAAGGGACUCCCUGAGCUCGAGGAAUGGGAGAUAAAGGAGUAUGAAGACAAAGCGCGGGAAAAACAGAGAAACAAACGUCGUCAUAGAAGCGAUUAUGAUUAAUGCUAGGGUGGCCAGUUGUGUUGGUUGGCCCUUGGGGAUCCUAAGCUAGUAGUAGUUCUAGUAGUCGCUGCUAUUUUUUAUAAACUAUUUUUCUACUUUUGUAAGGGCCUGCAAGCCCUUCCAACCUUCGCGAUUGAUAUCGCGAAGGAAUGUAUAUAAAAGAAGGCCUAAGGCACCAGCCAUGUGACGGCUAAGCAAGGCGGCCGCAGAACCACCCAAGACAGCAGUAGUCCCGCAAAGUUAGGC